UUUUCCAGGGUCUUUGGAUGAACUGUGCCGGCAACGCACUGGGUGCUUUUCACUGCAGACCCCACCUUACUAUCUUCAAAGUAGAAGGUUACAUCCAAGCCUGCAGAGGACUGAUGAUCUCUGCCGUCUGCCUGGGCUUCUUCGGUGCCGUUUUUGGACUGGUUGGGAUGAAGUGUACAAAAGUCGGAGGCUCCGAUCAGACUAAAGCAAAAAUAGCUUGUUUAGCUGGACUGAUUUUCAUACUCUCUGGGUUGUGCUCUAUGACUAGUUGUUCCCUGUAUGCAAACAGGAUUACGUCUGAGUUCUUUGAUCCUUCUUUUGUUGCACAAAAGUAUGAAUUAGGAGCAGCUUUGUUCAUUGGAUGGGCUGGAGCUUCACUCUGCAUAAUCGGUGGCAGUAUAUUCUGCUUCUCAAUAGCUGAAAACAGUAAUUCUCCAAGGAGGGGGUAUGCAUAUAAUGGAGCCACAUCUGUGAUGUCUUCUCGUACAAAGGUCCACAACAGUGUCCCAGACAAAACCCCACCAAAGCACUUUGACAAGAACGCUUACGUUUAACGGUACUGUUGGGAGAUUCAGAGCGUUUUAAAAAUGAGUUUGUAUGUUUCAUGCAGAGUGAUUUCCCCCCACCCCAAUGUAAUUACUACUAAGAUGAUGACUUUUUAAAACAUUAACUUGCAGCUUUUUACAUAUUGAUGUAAAUUUAUUAUAUAAUAUUUUAAGAUUGAUGUUGGUAUUGUAAAGUUUAUACCUGGAAAUCAUGAGCUGACGUUGCUUUCCUGAAAAAAAUAAACGGUGUAUUUAC